AUGGCACGUCCAAUUGUUGUUGCACUCAUCUUGGUUGCUCUUGCAAGCAUGGCCAUGGCGCAAAGGGGACCAGUAGCAGCACCAAAAUCAUCUCCAUCAAACGAAACAGCAACAGCAAAACCUAAGCCAUCACCAUCUAAAUCCGCAUCGUCUCCAAAGGCAGCUACGCCCAGUUCUUCCGAUGAAGAAAGCAUCGCAUCGCCACCGGCACCAGCCAGUGAGGCCGCUGAGGGCAGCGCUCCCGCACCUGGCCCUGUCGACGAAUUCGCCGCCUACAGCGAGAAAGACGACAGCGGUGACGAUUCCGCCGCACAAAGUGAUGAAGAAAAUGGUGGUGUUGCACUUAAGGGCUCUGCUGCCUUUGCCGCCGUCGCCGUCGUCGGCUUCUUGGCUUUCUAA